AUGGACGCGGCGAAGAUGGAGAUACGACUGCGCGCCUUCUACGCUAAGCACAACCCAGGCAAUAAUCAGAACAUUGCAGAAAUUGUGCGUCGGUUUUCAGGCCGAGAGCCACAAUUGUGUGCAAAGUUGUGCCAAAAAUACGGAGAAGCACCGGACCUCACGAGUGCUGGUGAUACCAGUGACGAAGCGACGACCGGAAGUGUGGUAUCGGUCACAGGGGCCACGUAUCAGCGCGAUUUCAAGCCAUUUGCGCUGCCUAUAGCCACUGCAAGUCCUUUGGACGUUCGUUCGGGUCAAUUUGACGCCGGUAGAGCUCUUGCAGCUCGAAAAGAGCAGCUUGAGCUACCCGUGACGACGGUAUUUCCAUUGGAUAAUAUCCAAAAAUGCCGGUAUCUGCUGCCAGAGUCAGAUUCAAACCGCCAGACGCUCCACGUAAAGCGCAAGAAGUCAAGACCGUUGACAGCAGCGAACGUGAGAGAGGUAGCUCCUGUGAAGAAAACGGGGGGACCUGCUGUGCCGUCGCUUUUUGAACAACUUGCGGAUACUUACAUGGACGGACCGUUUCGUGUUUUGCGUCGUUGCUUUUUUGAGCGGCGAAAGGUUUUUGUCGUUCUUCGUCGUGUCAAUAGCGUGCGUGGCACGUGUUGCGGGUUCUUGAAAGCGUUUGAUAAGCACAUGAAUCUGGUGCUGCUGGACGUCACGCAAGAGUUUCUUCCACAUUGCACUCACGAAAAAGUACUGCGACAAGUGCAAAAAGGUACUCGCACUGCUAGCGAUGCUGUGUUCUCGGCAGCAAGUGGGCGUCGCAAUCGACGCGUAUUUGCUGGUGCGGGAGGCACGCAGCGUGAGUAUGUCAAGCAGUUGUUUAUUCGCGGGGACAACGUUGUAUCAGUCAGUGCUGACUGA